CCCUCCUUUCGAUCUCAUAUCGCGCCACUCAUCGAAUCACAGAGCACUUCUACAGUUCUUUAUUUCCUCAAAUCACACCACCCAGACCUAGAAACAAUGUCUAGCAACAAGGAUUCCACACCGGUAACGCCGUCGACUCCAACUCGCACUUCCAACAACCAGCCAACUCCUCAGGCUCCUUACCGUCCUACUGUGGAGCGACUGGUUUCCGACACCACCAAUAAUACCACAGCCCGAGUCGCCAGCAAUGCCCUCCCGUCUUGCCGCAUGCCUCAGUACAAUGAGCAUGGCAACUUGGCAGACGUUAUGGCUCGUACAUACCCUACACCAACUGAUGUGGUUAACGUUGCCGAAGCCUUGGAGCUUCCCCCACAGCCAAAAACCUUCAAACACCACUUAGACGAUCUGAGAAAGAAUGGCGAGAGGAAGAAGGUUCGCAUCAUGACUGAAGAAGACCGAAAGGCGGAGUUUGAGCGUGUGAAGGCUACUCUCAGGAGUCUGGGACAAAAGCCGUCUUCAUCUUGAGUCAACAUUGGAGGUAUCCAUCGCUUUGAACUUACGUGGGAUGUAUUGGUGUGUUCUGUGGCAUUGCAUGGAGUUCAGUUCAGCGGGAAGAGCGUUUGUCUGCAUUUGGAAGGAAUCUCAAUUCAGUUGACAGGCAUGUGUUUCCGCAUUGCAAAGGGGUUGUAUUGAUGGCGUAACAGAUAGAAAGGUUCCAUCAUGUGUUUCGUCUGGGGAUUGUCUUGUCAGGAGUUUAAUCUUCAUCAAGUGUAAGGACUAUUCAGGUUUUCGACAGCACGAAAGGCAAUAUCACAGCGAGAAGACCUUACAAUGGAAACAACUCACAACAAU